GCCUUCCAUUGGCCAGCCGGUGUUGAAGUGUCCUAUUUCCCAUUGGGGGCCGUGAACGCACCGAGGAAUGCAUUCCUAUGGGAUUUAACGGAUGAGCUAAAGUUGAUAAAACUUGUUGUUUCCUCCUCAAAACUUUUAUUUGAGCGAUUAAGUUGAUCAACGAAGUUUUCCCUCAACGCGGACUCCAUUUCGGGACCGAGUUGAACCGCGCGUUUGGGUUGUGUCUCGAACAAUGUCCGCUUCGACUAAAGAAGGCGGCGAGGUGUCGGAGACCCCCAGGGCGGUGUGUAAGGUGUGCGGAGGUUUGUACCGGGAGCCCAGAAUCCUGCCGUGUUUGCACACCUUCUGCCUGGACUGCAUCAGCCAGCUGGAGCCCUUCUCGGGGGGCGCUCCACGUCGUCACCGGGGCGGCCCGAAUGACGACCACGAGUCCGACGGCGGGGCGGAGAGAGCCGAGAAAGGCAGCGUGACGGUGCUCUGCCCGCAGUGUGACUCCGAGGUGCAGCUUCCGCCGUCGGGGCCGGCCGGGCUGAGCAUUGACCACCUGGCGCUGGACGAGGUUUUCCUGGAGACUCUGGUGAACGACGGCCCGCUGGGGUGCGACCUGUGCGGCGAGACCGGCGCCGAGAGCCGCUGUGACGUCUGCUCCGUCAACUUGUGCGAGUUCUGUAAUCAAGCGCACAGGCGUCAGAAGCGCACGGCGUCUCACUCCAUUCAGCGAUUGGAGGAUCUCAAGUCUCGGGGCGGUCUCUGUCGUCCCGUCUUGUGCUCCUUACAUCCCGGCCAGGAGCUCCGCCUCUUCUGCCAGCCAUGUGACCUUCCCGUCUGCCCCGAAUGCGCCGCCACGCUGCACUGCGAGCACCGCUGCUGCCCCGCCCACGAGGUCGUCAACCGCCACGGAGACCGCAUCAGGGCGCUGGUCAGCGACAGCCUGCGGCCCCGCCUGGAGCUUCUGGAGCAGACCCUGCAGAAGGUGGAUCUUUCCCAGGAGGCUUUGCAGGAAAGAUUUGAGGCGACAGCCAAUGAGGUGAAGGCGUUCGCACGAGGAUACGCCCACGCAGUGGAAACUCACUGCCUGUCUCUGAUGCGCCGCCUCGAGGAGCUCCGCCUACAACACAGGAACCAGCUGCUGCUGCAGAGAGCCCAGUGUCAGCAGGCGCUGUGUGACGUGCGUGGAGGCGUGGCCUAUGCUGAGAAGUUGCUGAGUCGUGGUUCUCACGCCGAGAUCCUCAGCGCCAAGAACGUGACUUUGAGGAGGCUGAGCUUCCUGGCGGAACCGAGCCGAGACCCUCGGCUGGCGGCGCUGGUCCUGGACGACGGCGGCGGCAUCCGCUUCGACGGCCGGGAGGCGGCGGGGGAGGCGGGGGGCUUCCCUCUGGUGGGCGUGGUCCACCACACGAUGGCGGACCCUCACAAGUGCCGCGUGGAAGGAGAAGGCCUCCAGCAGGUCUGGGAGGGCCAGCAGGGGGACUUCAGGCUGCUGUGCUGCGACGCGGCCGGCCAGACCGUGGCGCGAGGAGGCGACCACGUCCUGGUCAGCAUCCUGCACCGGGACAGGAAGAACUGCACGGUGGACGCCCGCGUGCUGGACAACGAGGACGGCUCCUACACCGUGUCCUACACGCCGCAGGAGGCGGGGCUCUACUCCGUGUGGGUGUGUGUGCGGGCGCAGCACGUGAAGGGUUCUCCCUUCCUGCUGAGCGUGCAGAAGAAGCUGCGGCGUCACGCUGGAACCUUCCACUGCUGCUCCUUCUGCUCCAGCCAAGGAGCCAAGGAGGCUCGCUGUGCUUGUCCAGGGACUAUGCCAGGAGGGUUCCAAGGGUGCGGCCACAGUCACAAAGGGCAUCCUGGGAAGCCGCACUGGUCCUGCUGCGGAAACACCCUCGAGAAGUCCGAGUGUUUGCCCGCUAGCGUCCUCAACGCCGUCUCUGCCGGCAGCCGCCUGAAAACCGUCGAGCUCUGAGAGGACAAAUGGAUUGUGUUGGUCCCAAGCAGGAAGUGACACCUCACCUUUUGGAGGUAAAAAUGUACCGUAUUUUUCGGAGUAUAAGUCGCUCCGGAGUAUAAGUCGCACCGGCCAAAAAUGCAUAACAAAGAAGGAAAAAAACAUAUAUAAGUCGCACUGGAGUAUAAGUCACAUUUUUGGGGGGAAAUGUAUUUGAUAAAAGCCAACACCAAGAAUAGACAUUUGAAAGGCAAUUUAAAAUAAAUAAAGAAUAGUGAACAACAGGCUGAAUAAGUGUACGUUAUAUGAGGCAUAAAUAACCAACUGAGAACGUGCCUGGUAUGUUAACGUAACAUAGGCUGACCAUAUUCUGAAAUCCUAAAAAGAGGACACAUAUAUGCGUGCCAAGGCCGGGACUAGGUGAACAUUUGCCGAUGAUACUCGAACUUGCUUCAUAAGUAAUAUAUUUUUUUAAAUAAAGCAUUUUUUCUCCUAUGUUGACAGCAGUGUUGGCGCUAGGAAUUUUCAAAAUGGGGUCCCAGGGACCCCAUCAAGUCAUAAAAAUGGGGUCCCACAGUAAAUUUUUGGGGUACCACUUUUUUGUAAGCGUUUUGAAAACAAAUGACAAAUGUAUGCAUUAUCCGGUUAUAUCUCACGUUCUAUAUUGUGUUUUGGAAAAAGGUUGUCAUAAACGUUACUUAAUUCAUUAAAAAAAAAAAAUACAAAAGAAAACAAAUGUGUAUACAUAUGUAAAUGUAUCAGUUAUAAACAUUCAUUCACUUUCUUCUUUCCUUCAUGGAUCUGAACUUUACCGCUGCUGGUAGUUUUUUCUGUGUUUUUAUUGAAUAAGUUGUAGGUGUAUUUAUUUCAGUAUAAAAGUGUAAAAAGUGUUUUGCUUGGGUCAUGAAAUGAUGAUAAUGGUGUGCCAGGGCAUACAUACAUUUUAUAUUUAACACUUUAAUCUCUGGAGUCUACAUCAACUUCAGAUCUAUCCCUCAUUUCAAAAUGUUUUAGUUUUUUUAUGUUGUGUUUUUUGUUUGUUUGUUUUCCGCCCUUUUUUGUCAAACAAAACUAUGGUUUUUAUGGCAAACACACAAAAUAUGCAAAAUCUUCCACCAAAAAUAUUUUUCUUAGUGGAAUAUUUGAUGUGACGUAAUGGGAACCUUGGAUAGGUCAAUAAUUCAUAAUAAUAUUGAUUUUGAUUCAAUAUUAUGUUUUGAGCAAUGACAGUUUGAAAGAAAAAAAAACAGCUUUGUUUUAUUAGUCAACGUUGCAACUUUUUCUAAAUUACAUUUCACCUUUAAGCUUUUUUAGUUCACUUUUGUUAUGUUUUUGUUUAUUUUAAUAGUAUUUUUAGAAUGUGCCGUGGGCCUUUAAAACAUUAGCUGUGGGCCGCGAAUGGUACAAUAAAAAAAAUCUGCGUCCUUUCUGAUUUCAAUGCGUUAAAAAGACACAAAAAGUGUGUUAACGCCAACACUGCUUGACAGUACAACAAAAUAAGUCACACUUAUAUUCUUGUAACAUUCACAGUUUUGGAAAAAAAAGUGCAGAGGUAGAAACAUUCAAAAUAACCUCUUGUAUAUAAUUGCAAACAUAAAUAAUGCCUCAAAAGAAGUUAAUUACAUUUAAACAAAAAACAGCAGACGAGCUCUCGCCCUGCACAGCUGUUUUGUGCUUUGUAGUGUCGAUAUGGGCUUGUAGAUCUUUAUUUGCCACAGAUACAUACGUUCCUGCUUUGCACACAGUGCAUUCUGCUUCCCAUGUGUCACGGCCAGGACCAAAACACGAAUACUUUUUCCGCAAAUCAUCCGUGAAGUUGCAUUUACUUUUCGGCAUUUCUUGUUUUCAUGUCUCUCUCCACUCACUAGCUCUCUCGCUCUGUGUCUCUGCCCCUCCCUCACGAAUGUUUCUGCGUGCGCACCUUCACGGUUUGUUUUGUUUAACCCCUUCUUAACUUAACCCUGGACGUACAUUGAAAAUACACGCAACCCAAAUUCAAAAUGCCCGACAUUUGAGGCAUUUAAGAAACCCCGCCCGGACACCCCCGCAAAAGAGGACAUGUGCGGUGAAAAGAGGACGUAUGGUCAGCCUACGUAACAUAUUAUGGUAAGAGUCAUUCAAAUAACUAUAACAUAUAGAACAUGCUAUACGUUUACCAAACAAUCUGUCACUCCUAAUCGCUAAAUCCCAUGAAAUCUUAUACUUCUAGUCUCUUACGUGAAUGAGCGAAAUAAUAUUAUUUGAUAUUUUACAGUAAUGUGUUAAUAAUUUCACACAUUAGUCGCUCCUGAGUAUAAGUCGCACCCCCGGCCGGCCAAACUAUGAAAAAAAACUGCGACUUAUGGUCCGAAAAAUACGGUACCUGAAAGUGCCAACAAUGACUUUUAAGACAAGAAUACAUCUUUUUUUUUUAAUGACAUUUUAGCAAUAAAACUCACAGCAGGGCUUUUCUUACUUCUUUUGGCACAGUCAUUAAUGACAUGAUAAUAAUGAACUACAUUAUGGCAAUUAUGGGAGAAAUUGCGUGUGAAUGCUGUGUGUGCGCAAGUACAACAGAAAUGCUAAUCUUAACAUGCUAACAUGCUAAUGUUGCUAUGCAUGUGUCAAGUACAGCUGCAAAGUUGGCUAAAAGAGUUGGCAUGCUAAUAGCAUAGUAAUGUUAACAUGCUAAAAGUUAACAUGUAUCAAGGUUUAUGACUCAGGAGGUGU